GAAGAGCUCGUGGCUCCCCUACCGGUGGACCCCCCCCCAUUUGGCGAGGGGGGGCGCGAGAGGGCGGCCCAGUUGCGCUGCGGGGCCCGGGGGCCGCGAGCGCCCAGGGCGAUCCGCGAGCUGCGGCUGCCUCUGCCUCCCGACGGUCGUGGGCGCAGGCCUCGCCGUGGUGCCAAUGCUUAUAUUUGUGGCGUCUGUUCUUCUUCUUCUUCUUCUUCGAAAUGGUGGGCAAGCCAGUCCUACCCUCGUCGGAGGCCAGGCGCUGCCGGAGAGAGUCAAGAGUGCAUGGACAUGGCAUCGGAUGUGUCCUGCUCCUGCUCAUGA